GAGACGUGUGGUCGUCCAGGGAUGUUUUAGUUUACGGAAGUUGUUAUCAGCUGGCUGCACUGUGAUGCUUAAAAUGCUAUUUGGCGACACCAGUUGCUAUUAUUAAAGUUAUUUGUAUUAGUGUGAUGCUAGCUUCCUCUGAGCGCCAGAGCUAACGGGAACAACAUGGCGCGCGUCGCUCCUUCCUGCGGGUCAAUCGUAGUCGCUGACUGGCAUCAAUGUAAAGACAGCAAAGAAUAUUUCAGUAGAAUUCUUCACAAGAAGAGACGCAAAAACUUCGGCCUCUUGGAGUCUCCAGUGAUGCCCCCACACGUAGCUGUGGACACAGUUCACUAUAAGAUCUUCCUCUCUGGCAAGAGUGGCGUCGGGAAAACUGCUCUUGCUGCACGUCUGGCAGGCCUGAAUAUUCCUAACUUGCACUAUGAAACCACAGGUAUUGAAACAACGGUGGUGUAUUGGCCCGUGAAGUUGAGAGAGAAUGGCAGAGUGCUUUUCUUCCGUCUGCAGCUGUGGGACUGUGGAGAGAACACCUUGCGUAGAUUUGACCAUUUGCUUCCUGCAUGUAAGGAGCAGGUGGAUGCCGUCCUUUUCCUAUUCUCCUUCACCGACAGAACGUCCUUUGACGAUCUGUCAAAUCAAAUUGCUAAAUGGACCGGGACAUCUGUGCGACAUAUUGUGAAAUUGGUGGUUGGCACCAAAUUUGACCUUUUCAUGCACUGCGAUGUGCCGGAGAGAGACGUGAGGGACUUCCAGGAGACGUGGAACUUAAGAGUGCUGCGUGUGGGUGGGGAGGUCAGUGAUGGGCUGGGUGACGUAGCCCCACUUCUCAACUGCCUGGCAGAGAACCUGUGGCAUCAGGACUGUGUUACCGCUGGAUCCGCUAACCAUCAAUCACAGCAGGGGACAGGGACUCUACGUUAAGGGGGAAUAUCAUGAGGGCUCGUGCACAAACAUCAGCAUAUCUGGAGUGCCUACCAACCCACAAACUGUGAAACAAGACAGUCAAUUAUUAGUAUAUUUUUCGAGCAGACUUUUC